AUGGCAGUGAACAAUGGAUGUCCGGAUCCUGGCUGCCAGAAGGCUUACGGACAAUCAAACAGCAGCAAUAAUGGCGGCGAGGAUGGACCCUCACUCUACAGGACCAGAACCGCGAGCCCCGAGAAUGGUCGAUCGAGCCCGACCAUCUUCAACCCCUACUACACAGGGAGACCACGCACGCCCGCGAACGGGGCCAAGUCGAAUACGAUAGAUCGGCAGGAAAUUAUUAGAAGAAUCAAAAGUGGUGGCUCGCGGCCGACUUCGCCUGAGCUUGAGAAGAGCAAUGCGAUAGACCGUCAAGAGUUGAUACGAAAGAUCAAGAGCACAGAGUCGAGGCCUACGUCCCCUGAGCUUGAUAGGCCAUCGUCUAGUGGGACAAAUAGAAAGAGAAGGUCACCUGUUCGGCGUAUUCCCACUCCAGGGGCAGUAGAGGGAAGACCAAAGUCACCCGAGGUCCAGCAAGAUAACCAGUCUAUUGGCAUGCAAAUCGAGCGACCCAGAUCUGCCCUCCAUCGUGGAGACUUCAGAGAACGGGAACAGACGACAUCAUCGUUUGAACGCUUUGGAAACACCACAAGAGACGAAUCUGCAUCCAUCCUAUCCACUUCACCUGUAGCGCCGUGGCAUCCACAGUUUCCGUCUGCUCUGAGACACGACUAUCGCCAAACACAGCCUGCUUUGACGCAAAAUGGCCUUCCAAUACCCACUCGGCCUACAAGGGAUCGUGCAGUAUCCAAUGCAUCGCUUGCCGCCAGCUUCGUGUACAAACCCCCGACUAGCCCACUUGUGCAAUCUUCGCGACCCGAUACUCCUGAACCAGCCAAAUCGCCCAGCCCUGACCGGUCGAGAAGACAUACAUUCUCGCCUCAGUCGUUCAAAAGAUUUCAGUCGGCCCUCGAGUACCCGGCUUCCGCUCGUAAUCACAGCAAGCCUGUCCCUCCGCUUCGAUCCGAGAGGACAUUUCCGUACCAGGCCCACCAGCCUCGCAGGUCGUUACACUCGACGCCAUUUUCUAGUCUACCACAUACGCCCUCACCAGAUUCGCGACGUCCUUCACUUUUCGCAGAGUCGCCUCUUCAUCAUGCCCCAAUGGUGGGAUCUUACGAAGAAUCUAUUCUUCGCGGUCGUAUGUCUACUAUUCCGUCUCGGCCAUUGAACUUCAUGGCACAGAUUGGUGUUCUUGGUAAGGGGAACUGCAAAGCGAAUUUGAAGUGCCCGCCUCACGUCAGCGUACCAUUCCCUGCGGUGUUCUACUCAUACGGCUCCGGUACCAAGACACCGGCAAGUGAUCAGCCAAGCCCAUAUGUUGGUCUCGUCGACCUCGAAAACAACCUACCUCACGUGGAAGAAUCUAGGGAAAAGCGACGAGACAGGCCGCAAGGUACAUUCAGCAAUGAGGGUAGUCGCGCCAACUCACCCAGGGGUAUGCGUGAGGAUGGAUCUACUUCGGAUGCCCAGGCAAGGCGGCGCCGAAGACAGAAGACGAAGCGGCGAUCUGGAUCACCGAAGAGUCCACCGGGAGGCAGCUAUCGCAUACCUCAACAAGGCCAGCUCCAGAUUGUCAUCAAGAAUCCGAACAAAACAGCAGUCAAGCUCUUCUUGGUACCAUACGAUCUGUCUGAUAUGGAGCCAGGCCAGAAAACCUUCAUACGCCAGCGCAGCUACUCUGCAGGACCCAUAAUCGAUAUGCCGCUCUCUUCACGAAACAACCUAGGCACUGACCGUCCCGAAGCGUCGCUGUGUCCCACGGAAGACCUGCACGAUCGGCCUAUGCUACGCUAUCUCAUUCACCUGCACAUCUGCUGCCCGUCGAAAGGUCGCUACUUCCUGUACAAGUCAGUCCGCGUGGUCUUUGCCAACAGGGUUCCCGACGGAAAAGAGAAGCUUCGCAAUGAGAUCCAACUACCAGAGCCCAGGUACAGUGCGUACAAAUCCAGUCGAGAUUCUCUCGCAGCAAAUGCGAGUGUCUCGACCGGCAGCUGGACCAAGGACCCUUCGAGGCGGCGCAGCGCAGUCCUCGAGUCGAACAUAGCACCCGACGAUGUCCGAUGGCCUCCAGCACCGCACAGCAUGGCUCAAUCGCUCCCUUCGCACGAGUACGCACCGGCGCGAAACGACGUCCCAACUACGCCGAUGCCCACCCUACCACGCCACUUCACCACCCUCCCAGCGCUGGAGUCAAGACCGAGCAGUCGUCACGUCAGCGACAUCAACAGCAUGGACCUGGAUGAUUCGACCUCUCCCUCUGUACGCUCGCAGACGUCCAGCGACGGCGAGCAAAAGCUUGUGGUGCUGCCUUCUUCGAGGAAUGGAUUACAGGAUCCUUUCGAGUUUCCGCGAGAUCGCAGUCGACCGUCAUCGAGGAACGAGAGUUUGCUGUCGAAGAGACUCCUGGAUUUGGCGGUGCAGAAUCAGAAUCAGAACUACGGUAAUACUUUUGGUUCGUUAAGGGGAGGCCGACAUGAUAUGUCCUGA